UUAGACCAAUCGCUUCAGGUUGUUGACAUUUACUCGGCACUUGCGCACCUACUGGAACAAGGCUUGACUUAACCAGGCGUUCCAACCGUAGUUCCAACCGCGCAAAUGAGCGGGAGACUAAGUUUUAAAGAUGGCCGCCAAAUAAGUGUCCGAAAGAAAGUGCAGCUAAAUUUUUUUCGCGUCUGAUUUUCACACGUGCCGUGUAAAAGCUUAUUCUAAAACAUGGGAGUUACUUGUGUAAUCCCUGUGGAGUUACCUGAGGGUAAAAGUGGGCAGCAAGCUCAUUUAGUGGAAAAACUACAAAAACGUGCAGAAUUAAUGGGUGCCCAGAAGACUGGUAACUGGUUCGUCAACUGUGAGACUUACCAAGCGGUAGCAACCUUUAACACGGCAAGCAAGCUGAUCCAUCUGAUACAUAGCACAGAGUUUCCUUACACAUCAUUUGCCGUUCUGGAAACUGGAACAUGUCUUGUAGCAGAUUCCGGUUUUGAUUCAUUGAUGACUAAACUGAAGACAUUCUACACUCCGAGAAAAACAUCUAAAAUAGAGGCAAAAGGGCAACGAUACGAGUAUGGAGACUUUGUUCUGAAGUUUGGUCAAGUUUCUGCUGGCCCAAGCUUCAAAGGUCUGGUUGUGGAGUUGGAAUAUCAGCCGUGCAUGGACGUUCAACAGUGCUGGGGUUUGAUGACUGAGUUCCUGUCAAGCUUCAUGGAUCCAUCAUUCACUGUUCCUCUUCCUCCCAAGUGCAGCAACAAAAGCACCGAUCUGUUUUGCCCUUCAGACACUAUACUUCAGUACAUCGAAGUGUUCAACACCUACAGAAAAUCAGCCGGAACACCUUUAUCUCAAUGAUCGUGAAUUCAGUUUUAGUAUUUAAUACUUUUGUAAACAACGUGGCAAACAUAACGUGAUCAGCCUACCUGGCAGUGCUGUCGUAAUUUGAGCGAGUAAGCGAACGAGCUGCUUCCCUGCCAUGUUUGAUGCGUAAACAAAAGGGGGUCUGGCGAGGCUGAAGAUAGACUGUUCUCAAACCUCUAUUUUCUCGUAUUUUUAUUCGAUUGUUGAACGCGUGGGUAGAAUUGCGAGAGAACUGGACGCCAGCGCAAAACGGAAGCAUUGACGGGGUAGGGGGUAGGGACCAAGCUAAAUAGAGGGCAUGUGCCUAUAUUCUUCGUUUAGCUCGCUUCGCUCGUUUCCCCGCCCCCACCCCCUUCGUGCUUGGCGCUUGCGCGUGCGCUCCCUUCGCUCGCUUUUUCCGUCGCGUGCGUUGAAAAAUAGAGUUUGUGAACAGUCUAGGCUGAAGAAUGAACUUGUAGUUCUCUGACCAAGUACGCGAAAGAAAUUAUUCAGCGCUCGCCCACAAAAACGCCCGUACUGUUUGUUCAAAGAGUGAUUAAGGUUAUUCGUGAUCAGCGCAAAUUUUGAUUUCAGUACAUAUCGUAACUUUUGAGUAGGAGUUUCUGUUUAUAUUUUUCCCUUCAACUUUGACUAAUUUAUUUCCAACUCUUUAAACAGCAAUCAAAAACGCGAUCAUAGAUGAUAAAUUUAAAUCUUUUUAUUUAAGGUUUAGAGAAAAGAACAUAAAAUCAGAGGUAAUUUUUGUCGUUCGCCUUUUGCCGUAAAUGUCAUGCUAAACCUCUGAAGUCUUUGAGCUUGCUUGGACGAUCCGUAUUGAAGAAAAACUUAAGAAAAACUAGAUAAACUUGCGCACAAGAGACUCGACUUAUCACCGGACACAUGUAGGUUUAUGUUUUGAAGGUUUUGAGUAGUUUACAUGACGUAUGUACAGAGCACACACACAAUGUGUAAACAACAAUGUGUAAACAAUGUAUGCUCAAUGUGGGUCCGUCAGAUUCGUUAUCAGGCGUCCUCGCCUGAUAGAUAUUUUGAGUGUUGUUUCUGUUAUCGAUCUCGUGUGGAGAGGCAUAAUCGAACCUAAUAUUCUAUUUUUGAAUUGUCUUUUGCCUCUGUCAAAACGAGUCUUCGUGAGAAGAAAACCAUUCAUAUGAAAAUGAGUUCCACCUACAGGUUCAUUUUCAUGCAAAUCAAACUUAUUUUCACAAGAAAGAUUUUAAACGGGGACUGUUUUUGAAACAGAGGCGCAAGGUAAUUCGGAAAUGGCCUAUUGUCAAGACGAAAAAAUAUAUAUAUAUGCGCUAACAGACGGAAACGUAUGCGUAUGAGACUUGUUUCAAUUUUUAUGAUUGUUUUCAAAGACAGGUAAUUUAUAAGGGAGUAGAUCCACGAUAAUCCUACUCAAGUUAUUGUUAGACGUUGGUACCCAGUUCUUCCACGGAUGUUACCACGCGCGUUGCUCGCGCGUUGCGUGGAUGUUUCCUGUAGGAUGGAAAAUGCCUGGAAAAACGCUGAGUAAAGUUCGCGCCACAGGAUCGGCUAAUUCUAGAACUUCCGGGAGUCGCAGGUAUUGGAAGUGAUCUAAAAGUAAUUGGACCUUAGGAACACGGCCCAUAUGGGGGAUAAACUGUAUAAAGAGGGUACAACAUAGCUUUUUCAAUCCCUCAUUCCGCACUAUUUUCGCCUCAAUCCCGCCAUUCCGCCCCACUCAGGAUGUUUAUCCUGAUCCCACCUGUUUAGAGUCGCAGGUCUCCGUGUAACAUCCGUAACCUGUGAUUUUCUGUUUUUCAACCCGCAUCCCGCCGUCAACUUUAAAACUAUCCCGCAUCCCGCAUGUCAAAAUAAGCAAAUCCCGCUCCCACCGAAGUAGUUUUAUCCCCAAACCCGCCAUUAAAAUUUCUGUCAUUCCGCAUCCCGCCUGCAUUUUUAGUCUCUUCCCACAUUCCGCCAAACCCAUUUGGACCUUGUAAAAACCUUUAUCCUCAGUUGUUAUUUAUGAAUU